AUGACUUUGUGGUGCUUCCUAACAACAAGGCCAAAUCGGUGAAGCUCAAUGCCAGGAACAUGCAAGUGCUGCAGAUGGAGACAGUGACUCUGGGCCAGGAGAGCACAGAGAUGGAGCAGAAACUGCAACAGCUGAAAGAGAGCAUGAGUAAAGAGAAGGAGGAGAGAGGGCAUUCGGGAGGGUUCAGAUGGAAGUCUGGGCAGCGUGGUUCUUUAAACAGCAACGCUCUAACAAGCGGCGUAAAGAAGAACAAGGAGGACAUACUCCAAAAGCUGUCAGCAGGCAAGGUGAAGAUCCGAGUGCUGAAGGAUGAACCACUGACAGCCCCGCCUCCUCCCCCUCCUCCACCUAGAGAGAGAAGAAAAAACCGUCUGAAGGGAACACGCUGUGGACAAUGUGAGAUCAAGACAGCAGGACUAAUGUGUGCUGAAUGCACAGAGCACUACUGCAUUGGCUGCUUUACCAAAUUCCACCAGAAGGGGGCACUGAAGCUCCACAGGAUGAUCCCUAUUCAGACAGACUUACAGACCCAUGUGAGCACAAGAGAUGUUGUCAGCUGCUUCCAGAAACAGACUGACCCUCGCUCCUAUCCCAUUACCACUACAAGUCAUGCUGCGGAGAAACCUGUGCAGCUGAACCCUGAUCCCAGCCAGGUGUUGACUGACGAUCAUGGAGAUGAGGAAAAGUCAGAAACGAUUGAAGAAGGGCAGAAAAUGUCUUUUCUUAAUAAAGGAGACUACAAUGAGGUGGAGUCUGCAAGAUCUUUCCAGGAAGCUCUGCGACAAUGGAGAGGAGAGAAGAGUGACGGAUCAGGAGAACCCACGAGUGAGGAUGCAAUGUGGACACCCAUCCAACCAGUAUCUGUGUCGGUUAUGGCGACCCAGUCUGACCUCUCUCCAAACAGAGGAGGGGGAGAAGAGAGGGUACCUGUCAGGGUGGAGUUCACAGAAAACAGCCUCACCUACGUGGACAGAUUGCUUCUCAAGAAGCACCGCAGAACACCAGUCGAAACUUAUCGUCCAUUGUUGGCCUUUGGUACAGAUUUAAAAUCAAUGCCUAAAGCAAACACUGGGGAGGAGACUGCAAGCAGCCUAACAGCUCAGGAGGAGGAUUUCCGUCACUACUGUGCAUCAAUGUUUGCCGUCCCGGUCAGCAGGGGCACAACUGAGCCUCAGAUUACCACACCUGAGUCGUGCCUUGUCAUAGAAGUCCUGGAUGAGAGGGACAGAGACAUAAAUGGAGUUGUUGUUGCUGAACGAAGGACGGACAACAACAGAAAGGUCCCCUCUGUUGAGCCGGUCCUCAUUAAAGGAGCACUAGUGCCCCAAACAGCUUUAACCACGGGGUCCUCCAGAGUCUGCUGCUCUUCUCCCAGUCCAGCACAAGCAUCCAGGCCGUCUAUAGCACCAGCAAAACCUAAAGCAGCUCAGAAGGUCCAUCUAUCUAAGCCUCAGACUUCACAAGCAGAACACUCAAUAACAUCAUCGUCCUCUAAAAGUAAGCUUUCAGUAUGCCUCGCUGCUGAGACUCCAAGGACUUCAAAGACAUCAAUCAAGAUGCCAACCGCAAUGUCACAAAAGCCCAAAUGCCCCCCAAAUGUCCAUAAAUCAAACCCCGACCGUGGAUCAAUACAAGUUUUGUCCUCUCCCUCGUUAGUACAUUCCCAAACUGAGACCCCUAAAUUCUCAUCCUCCCUGGACUCAUUUCCACCUGAAGUUUCUCCUUUGGCUCCUACCAGGCCUACAAUCCCAGAAGACCAUCUCUCUCCUUCUACAUCAAUAUCCUUCUCCUUUAGGUCUACAUUCACAGUCUCACCAUCAAGCUCCACGGAGUCAACCUUAUUGCCCAAAGUGUACCACUCAACUCCAUUACAAAGAAGCUCAGACUCAUCUCUUUUACGAGAACAACCCCAAACUUCCCGGUUAUCCCCCGAACCAAUUCCACUGAAGCUCUCUCUAUUGCCACCAAACAAUCUGGAGUCCCCAAGGCAAUCCCAACAUUCCUGCAAUGACCCAGAGUCUCUUCCAUCAAACAAUCAACUCCAGCUGCCUCUGUCACCUCUGUCUUCUAGUCCAAACCCAUCACCAAAAUCUCUGGAACCAAGUCCACCAGUAAAAAACAUAUCCAGUUUCUCUCUAUUUAACGCGUCCCCUCCAGAUGCAUGUUCUAGUCAUGGGUCAACUCCAACAAAUAAGGAUUUUCCAGUUAUUAUGUCCUCUUCCCCCGUCUCUGGUGAACAUGAGUUAACUCUGGGGGCGCAGUGUAUCCCAUCACUUCCAUCACAGUUGUUGGCUGUCAUCAAGGAUUCACCUUUAGCUGUGAAAAUGGAGGAGGAAGGGGAGCGAUGCACAGACAGUGGAGAUGAGAUGUCCACUGAUAGCCUGGGUCUGGCUCCACACGAGGAAGACUCUUCAGACGAAGAAGCACAGCUGCACGGACUCUUAGCGAGAGGGGGAUCCAGAGACGAGCAGGGGAAUCCUGCCAUACCUCAUUCAGAAGAUCCCUUUGUUCCCGCAGAUGCAGAAAGAGAAAAAGAUUUGCAGACCCAUGAGGAAGAGCAACUGUCAAACCCAUCCAUGGUGAUGCACAACCAGAGUGCUGGGCCUAGAUCAGAGCAGUUCUGUGAUCCGGAUGGGUUUCCGCCUCUGGGUUUGGACUUGAAUUCUGACACACCGGAACACACACACUGUGACCUGCUGCUGACAGGCCGAACCUCACCGCAUGUUUCAGACCCAACAGAUGGUUAUCGGACACGCAGCAGCCUUCGUACCCACACUGAGGAACACCUGGUUUUUAGAAUGAUGAGCAACAACCGCAUGCAGCCAACUGCAAAUCAAAUUCACUCAACCAGACCCACCAGUAGAGGACAAAUAUCAGUAAAUAGACGAGGAACAUCUGAAUUGGGUCCAGGGUUUCGUCCGUUGUCCCGGGCAGCCAUGGAGAUCAUGGAGAUCUGUAAUGUGGACCACACCGGCUGCGAGGACCCUGACCUGGAGUCUGAUACUGCUGCACACGCACUCCACGGACUGGAGCAGGAACUCAGACUCAUGGCCAAGGAAACAUGGAAGCAGGCUUCACUACUUGGUACGGGAGACUGUGGAGGUCAAGAUCAGCAUGGAAACUCUCGGUUCACACGGGGCAGAGCCAGCGACGAACAGAAUGAUGAGGAGGAGGCCGCUACACAGAGAGACCGGCAGAGUGUUCUCUUACUACCCUGAGAUAUUCACACGCAUGCACACAAACACACACACACACUUGCUUGUUAAUUAAGGAAGCAUACAUGCACACGGAUGUAAGAGACUAAAGUGAGCAAAAACAAACUGUGUUCAUGUGGUGUAAAGACUGGUGCAGAUGCCCCUAAAACUAAAUCUGUGGGGAACUCUUGUGCAAGAUGACUACAAAAAUGUAAUCGAUUAAAUACAGUUUUGAUUUGAGUCAUUAAUCUCCUCUCUUUUUUUUUUACGUGUCCGUGUUUUCUAUGCACAGUUUACAGUAUGUUCCACUUAUACGUGAAAAGUGGCUGUGAGAUACAUGCUUGCGGAUGGAUAAGCUGAAGGUAUAAAGCAAAUGAUGAGACAGGCAAAGGACGGCAGUUGCGUUAAAUUUUCCGCAGGAGUCUGCUCGGAUCCCCUCGUGUGUUUGUCACUGUGUGUGCAUGUUUGUGUGUGUUAGGUGACAGACGUUGAGGGACAGAGUGCCAGUUUGACCCACUGGGAUUGGAACGCGCUACAUUUUUCUCUGUUAUCUGUUUGUUUCUUAAUAAGGUUAGGGCGCCACUGGAUCAGGUCAGACUGUCUACACACGCGCACACACACACACACACACACACACUGAAGACGCUGCUGCAGGUGAUGAAUUAUGUUUGUAAGGGAGGGAACAAGGAGCUGUGCCAAUGGCCGCUGUUACCAUCUGUCUGUAUGUGUGUGCAGGAGCUGGGGAAGAUAAACACCAGGCACUGGAACUGGUUUGUCGUCUCUGUGGUGUUUACAUGUUGGUGUGUGGUUAUUUUAUUUUUUCUUUCUCAGCUCUGCUGUUUUGCAUUACUCCCCAAAGCCAGGCCUAAUCUAUCAUGGCUGCCACUGUCCUCAACUGAGUUCAAAACCCACCAUCCACUGCUUUAUCUCUAGCUGGUGUGCAUGCGAGGACUUGGGUGUAUGGAUGUCAAGGGUGCCAACAUUGUGUCUGUGAAUAUGAGUGUGAGUGCAUUUGGCCCUACUCUACCUCAGUCACUGUGGAGGGAUAGAAGGGUACUCUAUUUGUCCCAACGUUAAUCGCUAGAAGCGGACAGCAAAAGCCCUGUAAUCCAAUAGCAAUCACCACAAGACUGAUUGAUAGCACAGCGACAGAGGGAGAACGACAGAGAGACCAAGAUGCAGACAAGGAGAGAGAGAGAGGUUAAA